CGCGGUCACACUGUUGCCAACGUUUUGCCUGUCAAAUAAAAAUUUUCACAGAAGUAGUUUUUCCACUGCAAUUCAGAAUAGAAUCAAGGCCCACACUUAACAUGGGCGAAAGUGAUGCAGAAAGUGACUCGAGCAGUGGCUCCAGCAGCAGCAGUGGCUCCUCGAGCAGCUCAUCCAGCAGCGGCGGCAGCGGCAGUGGCACCAAAAGUGAUGCUGGCAGCCGUAGCCGCAGUCGUCGUACCAGCGGGCAGGAGGAGGAAGAGCAAGAAGAAGAAUUGCAACAGAAGAAGAAGAAGGUGAAAGAUGUGACGCCGGUAGCAAAGGAGGAGAAGCCGCCAGCAGAGAAGGAGGAGGCAGCUCCACCACGAGAAAAAGAUGUGGAAAAGAAAGAGCCACAAAAAGUGGAGCCACAGCAGCAGCAGCAGAAAACCGCAGCAGAGCAGCCGGAAAAACAAGCAAAUAUUGACACUGCCACAGCUGCUGUCGCUGCUGCUGCUGCUGUUGACACGUCUGUACAGGCAGAGGCACCGCCAGCAGAGCAAGAAGAGAGAGAAGAGGAAGCUAAAACAAAAUCAAGUGAAGCGGAAACAGUAACCGAAACAGCUGCUGCCCCGCAACAACCUUUGGAAGCCGCUGACGCCGCCGCCUCAACUGUGACUAAUUCCGAAGAGAAACCGCAGGCGGAAACUGAUAAAGAUCAUUCCGUGACCACCAAUGGAGAGGACAAAGUGGCAGCAGUAGAAGCAGCAGCUGCCAGUCCAUCGAAUCACAUUGAAGAGGGCGAAAUAACUGAAAAGGACGAUGAUGAUGUUGUGCCGCCUGCAGCUGUGCCCAAGCAGCCGCUAGCCAGCGAAGUGCGCAAACGUAGCCGCAGCGGUGAUGAAAAUUCGCGCAACCGGCGACGCAGCUCCAGCCGCAGUCGUUCGCCGCGUAACCGCAACCGUCCGCGUCGCACACGGACCCGCACACGCAGUCGCAGCAAAAGUCCCAAGCGUCGCCGUUCCUGCUCCUUGGAGCGCAGACGUCGCGAGCGCCAGAAGCGCCACGAGGAGCGCGACAAACGCGAUGAGGUGCGAGCCAGAGAGCGCGAGGAUCGUCGGCGCAAGGAAAAGUCACGCAGCACUCGGCGGGAUGACUCCCGAGAGCGCUCCCGGCGUAGAUCCAGCGACAAGCGACGCUCCAGCGACAAGCGGCGCUCCAGCUCGAGUGGCGGCUCCAAGAGGGCGGCAUCCGCCAUCGCAGACAACUCCACGGUCACAAAUCCCACGGCCAAGAUCACCGAACGCCAGCGUCGCACCGUGGAUGUGCUGACCUCGCGCACGGGCGGCGCCUACAUACCGCCAGCGAAGCUGCGACUGCUGCAGGAGGGCAUCACAGACAAGGCAUCGGCUGCGUAUCAGCGCAUCGCCUGGGAGGCGCUCAAGAAGUCAAUUCACGGCUACAUCAACAAGGUGAAUGUCACGAAUAUUGCCAUCAUCACGCGCGAAUUGCUGCGCGAGAAUAUUGUGCGUGGCCGGGGACUGCUCUCGAGGAGCAUCAUCCAAGCGCAGGCUGCCUCGCCCACGUUCACGCACGUCUAUGCCGCACUGGUGGCGAUUAUUAAUUCGAAAUUCCCGAACAUCGGGGAGCUGCUGCUGAAGCGUUUGGUCAUACAGUUUCGUCGCGCAUUUCGGCGGAAUGACAAGCUCGUCUGCAUGUCCUCCACUCGGUUCAUUGCUCAUCUGGUGAAUCAGCGCGUGGCGCAUGAGAUUUUGGCACUGGAAAUUCUCACGCUGCUGGUGGAGACGCCCACCGAUGACAGCGUGGAGGUGGCCAUUUCGUUCCUCAAGGAGUGCGGCAUGAAGCUCACGGAGGUCUCAUCCAAGGGCAUUGGCGCGAUCUUUGAGAUGCUGCGGAACAUCCUGCACGAGGGCAAGCUGGACAAGCGCGUGCAGUACAUGAUUGAGGUGCUGUUUCAGGUGCGCAAGGAUGGCUUCAAGGAUCAUCUGGCGAUUGUCUCCGAGCUGGAGCUGGUGGAAGAGGAUGAGCAGUUUACGCAUUUGAUGAUGCUGGAUGAGGCCACCGAAACGGAGGAUAUAUUGAAUGUCUUCAAAUUCGAUGAAAACUUUGCCGAGAACGAGGAAAAAUACAAAGGGCUGAGUGCGGAAAUACUUGGCAGCGAUGAUGGCAGCGGUUCGGGCUCUGGCUCGGGCUCCGACUCCGACAGCGAUUCGGAUGGGGAGGCCAACUCCGAUGCUGAGAAGAAAACCGAUGCCGGCGAUAUUAUAGACAACACAGAAACGAAUCUGAUUGCCCUGCGGCGCACCAUUUAUCUGACGAUCAACUCCAGUUUGGACUACGAGGAGUGCGCCCACAAGCUGAUGAAAAUGGAACUGAAGCCCGGGCAGGAGGUGGAGCUGUGUCACAUGUUCCUCGAUUGCUGUGCCGAGCAGCGCACCUACGAGAAGUUCUAUGGCCUGUUGGCCCAACGUUUCUGCAACAUAAAUCGCAUGUACAUACCGCCCUUCGAGGAGAUCUUCAAGGACACGUACCAGACAACGCAUCGCCUGGACACGAAUCGUUUGCGGAAUGUCAGCAAGUUCUUUGCCCAUUUGCUCUUCACGGAUUCCAUCAGCUGGGAUGUGCUGGACUGUGUGCUGCUAAACGAGGAUGAUACCACCUCCUCGAGUCGCAUUUUCAUCAAGAUUUUGUUCCAGGAACUCGCGGAAUACAUGGGCCUGAGCAAACUCAACUCCAAGCUCAAGGAGGAGGUGCUGGUGGAGAGUCUGGCGGGACUCUUUCCCAAGGAUAAUCCACGCAACACGCGCUUCUCCAUUAACUUCUUCACGUCCAUUGGUUUGGGUGGCUUGACCGAUGAUCUGCGACGUUUCCUGAAGACAGCGCCCAAGGCAGUGCCCGCCAUCAAUUCAGAGCUGCUGCUGGCCACGGGCGGCAAUCCUUUCCGUGAGCCAGGAACAGCGCCGGAUGCAGCGGUAGCAGCAGCGCCCAUUGCCGUGGGCAGCUCCUCCGACGGUUCCUCUUCGAGUUCCAGCAGCAGUUCCAGCGAUGAUGAGGAGCAAAAGUCAAGCACCAGCGACGAGGACAGCGACAGCGAGUCCUCCAGCUCCGAGUCGGAGCCACAGCGCAAGCGCAAAAGCAAGGAAAAACGCAAGAAGAAGCCCAAAAAGCAACGCAAAUUGGAGCUCAAAAAGUCCAAGGACAAAAAAGAUAAAAAGAAAAAGUCCAAAAAGGAAAAGGACAAAGAGCGGGAAAAGGAACGCGAGCGCGAGGAGAAAAAGAAACGCGAAAAGGAGAAGAAAAAGGCCGACAAAAAGAAGUCAAAACGCAAGCGGAAGCAUCAGCACGAGAGCUCCAGCUCGAGCAGCAGCAGCAGCUCCGAGGCGGCCAGCUCCACAUCAUCCUCAUCCAGCAGCGACGAGGAGGACAGCGAUGGCCAGCCGCCGCCAAAGGUACAGCGCCAGGAGCAGGGCGGCCACAACCACAACAACAGCAGCAACAAAUUCAAAGGCCGCAGGGACGAGAGCGAUGGCUUCAAUCUGGAGGGACCACCAAUGGUACGUGAACAGGAGCGUCAGUCGCAUCAUCAACUGAAUGGCAAUGGCUCCAGAAAGCGGGAGCCAUCAUACCCCUCCGCACACGAAAGACAGCCGGAGCGACGCGGCGAACGUGAGGCGCCUCGUGGAGAUUCGCGUGGACUUCGUGGAGAGUCCCGUGGACGUCGUGGAGACUCUCGUGGACGCCUUGGAGACUCGCGUGGUCGUCGUGGAGACUCCCGUGGACGCCUUGGAGACUCUGUAGGUCGCCGUGGAGACUCAAAAGGACGUCGUGGAGAGUCCCAUGGCCGUCGCAUCGAGAGAGUAGAACCCCGUAGCGGCCGCAAUGGCAGUGAACGUGACAGAGACCGUGAUCAGGAAAAGAAACGUGAACGUGAACGCGAUCGCGAACAUCGUGACAAGCGUGACCGUGAUCGUGAACAGCCGCGAAAUCGUGAACGUUCCCGUGAGCAGGAGCGCAGCAGCCGAAAAGAACUCGAACGCAGCGCCCACAAGCGUGUGUCCAAGGGCCGUGGAUAGUUUGAUGAUAAUAUCUCUAGACUGUAAAACGACAAAAAAAAUUCACCCCACAUGCAAAUAUUUUUUAUUUAAAUAUUUUUAUGAAAACUGUGUACAAAGAAAACCGCAUCCAAGCUAAAACGAUUGUAAAUGGACUGCAAAAAUAAACCAAUUUUAUUACACGAUA